GGGCUAAUCACAUGGAGAGGAGAGUGAAUGGAGAUUGGCAGGGUGCCUUUCAACCUUCAACAGUCACCUGGAGCACUGCAGUGAAGGACCGAGAAUAUUACUCCUUUUCUGAUGGAGAAGAGAAUUUGUUUGGUCACCAGCAAUGUGCCUUUGAUCCUCCCCAAAGUCAAGUUUCUCAGCACUGCUUAGAAAAAUAUCUAAUUCAGAGCAUUAAUGUGUCCUCUCUGAAUGGCUUCCUUUUGGGGGCAGUGGAAGAAAGUUAAAAACAUAAAAAAAAGGAUUAAAAGUAGAAGGGAAGGAAAGAAGGCAAAGGGAAGCAAAUGUGGAGACCUUAAAAACGGAAAGAGAAAUAGAGAAAGAAGCUAGGAUGAAAGGGGAGAGAAAGACCACAGAAAAUAAAGGCUCAAGGGAGUAAGAGAGAAAGAGAGAGAGAAGGAAAAAUUGAUUUACUGCUGAGAAAAGUUUUUCUCCUUAAGUACUCUAGGUCAAGAAGUCAGACAUGGCACAAAGAAUGGUAAGGAGGCCACGAACACUCAGUGCGUGAUCCUGGAGAAGGCAUUGUUCAGCCCGAUGGGAAUGCAAGUCCGCACCGUGUCUGCCUCUUUCCUUGUGUAUGUCAUCCAGCUUCCUUGGGCAAGAUGUGAGGAGAACUGUAUCAAUCCUGAACAUUGCCUGACCACAGAUUGGGUACAUCUCUGGUAUAUAUGGUUGCUGGUGGUAAUUGGUGCGCUGCUCCUCCUAUGUGUCCUGACUUCUGUGUGCUUCCGCUGCUGUCUGAGUCGCCAGCAGAAUAGGGAAGACGAGGGCCAGCCACCCUAUGAAGUGACGGUCAUCGCUUUUGAUCAUGACAGCACUCUCCAGAACUCAAUCACUUCCCUGCAGUCAGCGUUUGGCCCUUCAGCUCGAAGAAUCCUGGCGGUGACUCACUCCCACAGCUCCCUGGGCCAUCUGCCCUCCUCUUUGGACACCCUCCCAGGGUACGAAGAAGCUCUUCACAUGAGUCGCUUCACAGUUGCAAGGUGUGAGCAGAGAGCACCUCAUUUAUCCCCAGUGCUGAAAGAAAAGCAGCUGCCUCCAACAGAGAAAGAGUCUCCUGAAAUAGAACACUCUUCAAAUUGAUGAGAAUUCCGGUUUUAUAAAUGGGGUGGGGGUAUCCCCGGAGUCAGUGGAGAUUCACAAACAAAUUUUUUUCUAAUUUUCAGAAGAUUUAGGAUGGAAUCUAAUCAUCGUUCUGUGGAAAAGAUGGAUUCCAACUCUUCAUUUCUAGACAUAUAUUUUCUGAUGUGGAAUGCUCUAGUAGAAAACUCUCAUUCUUUAUCCAAUGGCCAACAAUUAUAACUAACCUCUAGAAAUGCUAGUUACUACUGAACAGGAAAUCAUCAAAGCUAUCUUGGGUUCCUUCAGCUCUCGAAUUCCUUUAUCCAGAUGAUACUGCAAGGUGCUUUUUUCUCUACCAGCUAAUACACUGUAAGACGCUUGUGGAGAAAGACAAGAGUGUGGGCACAGCCAUAAACAUUAAUGCACCGAAUUCAUGCAUCCUUCCUCUUGAAAGAAUGCUCACUUUUAUACUGAAUGACAAUGAUAGUUUUAGACAUCCUGUAAUACCUAACUAGACAUCUAUCCAGGUGUAGGAUUGCAAGUUUGGGCUAAGAGAACACAGUAUAGUGUUGAAGUGCCAAAGAUCAACAACUUUCUUGCAUUCUGAUCUUACUCACCAGCAGUACGAGAAACUGCACAGAAUGCAAUAACAGUUCUAUUAAUUUUUCAGUUCGUUUGUCCUGCAAACACACAGAUGCACGCACACACCCAUACACAUGCACCCUUUGUGCUCUAAAAGAAUAGCAUUGCUUUGCUUCUUUCCUCUUCGCUAUGACCGCUUAAAGUCAAGUGUCUGACGCACACACACGUCUCUAGUGGUGGCCUUUACUGCCACCUACUGGAACCAUGGUAGAAAAUGCAUUCUCCUAUUGAGCCUAUCUGCACACCUCUCCAGUUCUCCAAGCACUAAUUGAACUAAGCCUGGAUGGGAUCCUCCCAGUGGCACCAUCGCUGUGUAGUGCUAAGCUGUCCACAUAACGUACUACUUCCAAAAUGCAUUGUUACUGGAAAAUUGAGGAAGUAAAGUGUAAUUGGGGAAAAACUACUCACCAGUGACCUUAGGCAAGUCAUUGAAAUCUUUAAAGCACAGUUCUCUCAUCUGUGAAUUCGGAGAUAAUAACACCUCCGAGGAUUGUUGGGAGGAUCAAAUAAGCUAGACAUAUAUGACAAGAUUUGUAAAGUAUCCUGUACAUGUGUUUGUUAUUCUUCAUACUGACAUCACAUGUUCACCUGCCUGCUAUGAUUCUGCUGAGAAUUAUUUUCUGAUUUGUCCUUCUGUCAGCCAGUCUGCUGUUAUUGUGAAGUCACACCUGAAGUAGCUUAAUGUCAUCAAUAAAUAUUUGCUAAUGGAGGUAAACAACUGAAAAUAUGUGAUUCCUCUCAAUAUGUUCUGUGUAGAGGUAAGGAAUACUUGAGAAAACUCGUUUAUUCUGGAAUUCGCUCCAGUACUCAGGGAGACAGCACAGAGCUUGGGAAUGGCUGAGGAGUGCAGCACCUCAUUAAAUACAUUCUUGGAAAGCUCCCUCAGCCCAGCCAGAGGG